AUGAGUAAAAUUAAAUGUCAAGAGGUCAUUGACGGUCAAUCGAACAAUAAUCGGUCAUCUAUAAUAGUGGAUGAUGGCAGUAGUAGUUCAAAGUCACACCCAAAUUCUCCAUCAUUUGCCGAGAGUUUGGGUUAUGGAUUUCUCUGUGUCACUUUAUCUAAUUUAUGUGCAGUUGUAGGAGUUAUAUUUACUUUACUUAAAAAAUAUCGAUUCUUCCCAACAAUACUUUCAUUUAUGGUAGCUACUGCUGUGGGUUCAUUAUUAUCAACUUCCAUUAUUGUACUCAUACCUGAGGCAUUACAAAUCAUUCAUCCAACUGGUGAUAAUGCUACCCAAGGUUCUAACUCUUAUAUUGUAAAGUCAGUUGCAAUAUGUACAGGUGUAUUUUUCUUCUAUAUUUUGGAAUUCUUUCUACGUCUUGUUCCACAAUGUUUUCUGAAAAAGAAGACACAUUCGAAUGAUAAAAGUCCAAAUGGAUUUCAUACCGAACAAUUAAAUCACCAUCAUCAUCAACAUCCGCAUCAACAUUCCUAUCAUCAACAAACUAAUCGAUCUUCAUUAGUAAUACCUGUUGAACCGAUUGUUGAGUAUACACCUUCUUCUAAUCGUUGUUCUAAUCAAUUGAAAACAAUAAAAAAAUCUCAUGGUGAUGGAGAUACUACAGAUUUACACUGUGAAUCAUCACCGCCAAAUGAAGAUGUUAUGAAUCAUUUACCGUCAUAUGAAGAAUUGUCUACUGAACUUCAAAAAUCAGUUAAUACUAAUAAUAAUACUAAUACAAACGAUCGACUAAAUACACAUUCUACAAUUCAAUCAACGUCAACAUUGAAAAAGCAUAAAAGUUGGCAACAAAGAUUACGUGAUUUAGAACCAGUUGGUUGGAUGAUAUUUAUUGGUGAUGGUGCACAUAAUUUUAUGGAUGGAUUAUCAAUCGGUGUUGGAUUUACACAAAGUAUCAGUUUAGGCAUAAGUUUAACAUUAGCUGUGCUAUGUGAAGAACUUCCACAUGAAUUAGGUGAUAUUGCUGUACUUCUACGUUCCGGUCUGACUGUACCAUUGGCUAUGAUUUUUAAUUUUGUUUCAGCGUGUACAGCUUAUAUUGGUUUAUUUAUUGGUUUGUCUGUUGGUGAUUUAAAUAAUGUAGCACCGUAUGUAUUUGCUAUAACCGGUGGUUUUUUUAUGUAUAUUGCUCUUGCAGAUAUGCUUCCAGAAAUGCGUGCUAUGGAAGAUGCUAAACGUAUAGAGAAUGGUAAUUGUUGGGCAAUGUUUUUCACUAAUCUUGCUGGUCUAUUAUUUGGUUUUGGAUGUAUUGUUACCAUAACACUAACUAGUCAAUAUAUUAGUAUUUAAAUGUUCAAUUUCUUUUUUUCAAAGAUGAAUUAAUUUAUUGGAAAAUGUAUGAUUAUAUUCUUCCUUUUUUUUAAUUUAUUUAUUUUGUAAUUUACCAAAUCAAACAAUAAACACGAACAAUUUAUCAAUCCAACG